AUAUGAUAAACAGUUUGCCUAUUGUGGAUGCAUUUCAUAAAUUUGUUUCUCUAACAUAUACCUUGAAGUCUAUAUCCAGAAUAGAAGGGAAAUGGACGAAGGCACAAGCGAAGAAAACAUGCAUGGCAAAAAGAUGGAAACAAUACCACAUGCAGGUUCUAACCAGUUCAGAUAGAGGGAAUUUUCACCACUCAUCGAAUAAGAAAAAGGGUAUAAUGGUAGGGAAUAUUCAUGUAUUUGGGUACAAGAAGCCAAUGGACAAUAACCCAUUUCAUAACUAUCAACGACAAAAAUAUGAUAUCUGGAAUCAUCAAGACAAGGAAUCGGGAUACCACAAUUUCUUUCGAAAGGUGCAGAACAAU